AUGGGCUGGUUCAGUGACGAUUCCAACCAGGCUCAGGCCUACAACACCUACAACGAUCAGCCAGAACACGAUCCAUCCGUAAUCCAUGAGCUGAUCGCCGGUGCUGCUAGUUACGAGGCAGCCAAGGCCUACGAGAACCACGUUGCUCAGAACGGCGAGCCCGACAGCCACGCAAAGGCCAAGGAGAUCCUUGCUGGAUUUGCUGGUGCCUUUGUCGAUCGUGAGGUUGAGUCCAGAGGAUUAGACUUUGUUGAUAGGGAACGGGCCAAGUACGAUGCCAGACAGCAAGUCCAUGACGCGUAUGAUUCCAACGGAAAUCAGUUUUAG